UUUGUACACAUGUGUGUGAGAUGUUAUCACUCAGCGCAGUGCUGCUUCACUCCUACGUGUAUGAACAAUGAGGCUGUUUCUGCUAAAGCAAAUGAAGCACACAGACACUCUUCAGACAGACAGACAGACAGAGCCUCAUCUCCGUCCUCACUGUCCCAACACAGAGUCCAUUCACCCGCCAGCACUGCCAAACAUCAGCCGUGACUGCAGAGAACAGACACUUCUGACAGAUUCCAUCAGAUACUGGAGAGAAGUUUGGCCUCUCUGUCUACAGACAAAAACAACUUGCUACUACAAACCCACCCAUGGCAACCACUGGUCUCCAGGUGCUGGGUCUGUUGCUGUCACUUAUGGGUUGGGCAGGCGGGGCCCUGGUGUGCGCCGCCCCCUGGUGGCGGGUGUCUGCAUUCGUCGGGGAUGAGCUGGUGGUGUCCGAGGUGCUGUGGGAAGGUCUUUGGAUGACCUGCCUGUCACAGUGGGGCAAGGUCCAGUGUAAAGUCUACGACUCUGGCCUGGCUCUUUCAGGCUCUGCCCAACUGUGCCGCGGCCUGACCGUCCUGUCCCUCCUCCUUUGCCUGCUGGCCUUACCGUUGGCUGUGGCCGGCCUAAAGUGCACCCACUGCCUGGGCGACCAGCAGGAGCCCAAGGCCAGGCUGGUGCGAGCGGCUGCCGUACUCUUUGUCUUUGCUGCUGUGGUCUUCCUUCUUCCCAUCACCUGGACUGCAUACGUGGUCAUCAGAGACUUCUAUGACCCUAAUGUCGCGGCACCACUCAAACGUGAACUAGGCCCUGCAAUCUAUCUCGGAUGGGUCAUGGCAGUGUUGAUGCUUGUGGGCGGGGCUGUGCUCUACAUGGGCUCCACCUCUGUCAGUGCUCCACCCGUUGUUUCCAGCUCUGGGAAGAAUAAUCCACAGCCUGUGACGACGGAGGACAAAACAGCCAAGGCUUAUGUGUGAAGGAGUUUAGCGUGAACUCCUGACAUUGGACCAUUAGGAUUAAACUGAUAGUUUAGCCAAAAAAGGCUCAUUUACAUAAUUUCCCCUUUAAUAUAAUCGAUCAGUCAAGACACGUUUGAUGUCUGAGGUUUGCUUCUUUAGUUUUAGAGCCGGAGCUACAAGGCUAAUGUAGCUAACAAGCAA